AUGCAGUUGGCUAAUAAACUUACGAAUCUUUUAGAAGACAUCAGUGACAAGAUUGAUAACGCUUAUUUUGUAGAUCUUUUUGUGAGAGCAUCAAAUACACCAACCAUAAAGAUGUAUGAGAAGCUUGGGUAUGUAAUCUAUAGAAGGGUGCUGCACGAUUAUUCAGGGGAAGAAGAUGGAUUAGAUAUGAGGAAAGAAUUAUCUCGGGAUGUUGAAAAGAAAUCCAUUAUCCCGUUACUCCUGAUGAAAUAG